AGCUCGUCACACAGCAACUUCCUGCCAGAAUUAAAGAUGGCGCCGGUGGUUAGUCCUGCGUUCCAAGACUCGGCCUGCCCCGCGGCUCUGAUUGGCUGGAACCCAAACCUGGACAAAGAUGGCGGCGCCCACACUGGAUGUCAUGUGAAAGGCCUUUCCUAAACGCAGCAGCCCAAUGUCAGAUCACACAACCACACGGGCCGCCCGCCCCUCGCCUGCUCUUCCUGAUUGUAUUUGUGACCCAGAGAUUCCUAAGACUGGAUGGGAACGAAUCCGAGAGCUCUUUCAACCCAACGAGCAGGGUAUCUAUCCGGAGGAGGUGAAUGGAGUAGUGAAGGGAGCUGUGACAGGCCUGAUACUGGGUUGGGUGUACGGCGGGAUCCCAGCGGCAAGACAUAGCAAGGAGAGAUACAUCCAGCAGAGCCAGGCCGAAAUCUAUUAUAACCGAGUAGAUGCUGUGCGCUCUGCACAUAACGCUGCUCUUCGAGGAUUUAUUCGCUACGGUUGGCGCUGGGGAUGGAGAGUGGCCAUGUUUGUAACCUUUUUCAAUUCAGUCAGUACAGGGCUGUCUGUUUAUCGGGAUGAAGUUGCUUUGAGUCAUUUUGCAGCCGCAGGAGCUCUCACUGGUGGGCUCUUUCGAAUAAAUAUGGGUCUCCGAGGCCUGCUGGGUGGCUCAAUAUUAGGAGCUUUACUCGGGGUCCCCACUGGUGCCCUAAUUUCAGGGUUGCAGACUCUCUCUGGGGAGAACAUUCGGGAGAAGAAGCGCAGAGACAAACAAUCAUUGUACGAGCAGAAACUGGAGGAAUGGAGUGCCCGUCUGGAGAUCACAGAUUUGGUUCUGCAGGAAAUGGGAGCAGCUCAGAUGGAUUCAGCUGAGAAUCACUUGGAGAAAAUUGAAGAACUGUUAAAUCUCCCUCAAAACCCAAUGACCGAACCCAAAGUGGAGAAAUGAUCCGCUAACUGUGCCGGGGGGACUCUGGUUAAAUUGGGCGCAGUAUGAGUCUGGAUUACUGCAUGUUUCACACUGACAGCCAGACAAUAUUCUCUUGUCAUCUGUCAUCACUGAUAUGGAAAAUCCUGUCUUAUCGCUCCAGUAAAUGGUUGCUGUUUGCACAGAGUAUCGAACUUUUAUCAAAAAUAAAUGUAUAUGGACGUUUCUUCUUCUGUUAUGUCUUUCCAGCAAUAAACGAAGAAAUAGUCUCA